UGCCAACGCUUUCCUUGCCUAGCGCAAUCAGGUCUUCCUCCCCUCCCCCAUUCGCCGGCUUCCAAGUGCGCAAGCGCAGGCUCAUCCGCGUUUUCCGCCUCUGCGCAGGCGCUGUGCCCCUCCCACGGCGGUUGGCCAUAUAGAGGCUGGGGGGGGGUGGGGGGAGGUCAAGCGUAGCCUCUUCUCCUUUACCAAGAUGGCGGCUUGUGCCUGUUUCGCCACAGUUCCUGCCUUAUGAGCUUGGCUUCCUUACGCUGAUAAGAGUGGAACAGCAAAAGCUGGCAGGCUGACAGAGGUGAUCUCAGGACGGACUUUCUGGCUACUGACCGUUUUGCUGUGGCUCCCCCAGGCUGCGUUUAGGCGUUGGAUCAACCAUGAGCUCCAUUGCCGUUCUGACCCAAGAGAGCUUUGCUGAGCACCGGAGUGGGCUGGUUCCGCAACAGAUCAAAGUUGCCACUUUAAAUUCAGAAGAAGAGAGCGACCCUCCAACCUACAAGGAUGCCUUCCCCCCACUCCCUGAGAAGGCGGCUUGCUUGGAAAGUGCCCAGGAGCCCGCCGGCGCCUGGAGUAACAAGAUCCGGCCCAUCAAGGCGUCCGUCAUCACUCAGGUGUUCCAUGUACCCCUGGAGGAGAGAAAAUACAAGGACAUGAACCAGUUUGGAGAAGGUGAACAAGCGAAAAUCUGCCUGGAGAUCAUGCAGAGGACCGGCGCCCACCUGGAGCUGUCUCUUGCCAAAGACCAGGGCCUCUCCAUCAUGGUCUCUGGGAAGCUGGACGCCGUCAUGAAGGCCCGGAAGGACAUCGUGGCGAGGCUGCAGACGCAGGCCUCAGCCACUGUUGCCAUCCCCAAGGAGCACCACCGCUUUGUUAUCGGCAAAAAUGGAGAGAAGCUACAGGACUUGGAGCUAAAAACUGCAACCAAAAUUCAGAUCCCGCGCCCAGAGGACGCGAGCAACCACAUCAGGAUCACGGGCACCAGAGAGGGCAUCGAGAAGGCACGCCACGAGGUCCUGCUCAUCUCUGCCGAGCAGGACAGACGAGCUGUGGAGAGGCUGGAGGUGGACAAGGCAUUCCACCCCUUCAUUGCUGGGCCUUAUAAUCGGCUGGUCGGUGAGAUAAUGCAGGACACUGGGACGCGGAUCAACAUCCCCCCGCCCAGCGUCAACCGGACGGAAAUCGUGUUCACGGGAGAGAAGGAGCAGCUGGCUCAGGCUGUGGCUCGAGUCAAGAAGAUUUAUGAAGAGAAGAAAAAGAAGACCACAACAAUCGCUGUGGAGGUGAAGAAGUCCCAGCACAAGUAUGUCAUCGGGCCCAAGGGGAACUCCCUACAGGAGAUCCUGGAGAGAACUGGCGUUUCUGUGGAGAUCCCGCCUUCGGACAGCGCCUCUGAGACUGUGAUACUUCGAGGCGAGCCAGAAAAGCUGGGGCAGGCGCUGACUGAAGUCUAUGCCAAGGCCAACAGUUUCACAGUCUCCUCCGUCUGCGCUCCCUCCUGGCUUCACCGUUUCAUCAUUGGCAAGAAAGGGCAGAAUCUGGCCAGAAUCACUCAGCAGAUGCCAAAGGUUCACAUCGAGUUCACAGAGGGUGAGGAUAAGAUCACCCUGGAAGGCCCCACGGAGGACGUAAAUGUGGCCCAGGAACAGAUCGAAGCCAUGGUGAAAGACUUGAGCCACCGGAUGGACUACGUGGAGGUCAGCAUCGACCAUAAGUUCCACAGGCACCUCAUUGGGAAGAGCGGAGCCAACAUCAACAGGAUCAAAGACCAGUACAAGGUGUCUGUGCGCAUCCCUCCUGACAGCGAGAAGAGCAACCUGAUCCGCAUUGAGGGGGACCCACAGGGCGUGCAGCAAGCCAAGCGGGAGCUGUUGGAGCUCGCCUCGCGCAUGGAGAACGAGCGCACCCGGGACCUUAUCAUCGAGCAGAGGUUCCAUCGCACCAUCAUCGGGCAGAAGGGCGAGCGCAUCCGGGAGAUCCGCGACAAGUUCCCCGAGGUUAUCAUCAACUUCCCAGACCCAGCACAAAAAAGCGACAUUGUCCAACUCAGAGGGCCCAAGAAUGAAGUGGAAAAAUGCACAAAAUACAUGCAGAAGAUGGUGGCAGAUUUGGUGGAAAAUAGCUAUUCGAUCUCUGUUCCGAUCUUCAAACAGUUUCAUAAGAACAUCAUUGGUAAAGGAGGCGCAAACAUUAAAAAGAUCCGGGAAGAAAGCAACACCAAGAUUGACCUUCCAGCCGAGAACAGCAACUCAGAGACCAUCAUCAUCACAGGCAAGCGAGCCAACUGCGAGGCUGCCCGGAGUCGCAUCCUGUCCAUCCAGAAAGACCUGGCCAACAUAGCCGAGGUGGAGGUCUCGAUCCCAGCCAAGCUGCACAACUCGCUCAUUGGCGCCAAGGGCCGCCUGAUCCGCUCCAUCAUGGAGGAGUGCGGGGGCGUCCACAUUCACUUCCCUGUGGAAGGUUCCGGAAGCGACACGGUUGUCAUCAGGGGUCCUGCCUCAGAUGUGGAGAAGGCCAAGAAACAGCUCCUACACCUGGCAGAGGAGAAGCAAACCAAGAGUUUCACCGUUGACAUCCGCGCCAAGCCUGAGUACCACAAGUUCCUCAUUGGCAAAGGGGGUGGCAAAAUCCGCAAGGUGCGUGACACCACAGGAGCCCGCAUCAUAUUCCCAACGGCUGAGGACAAGGAUCAGGACCUGAUCACCAUCAUGGGGAAAGAGGACGCUGUCAGGGAGGCCCAGAAAGAGCUGGAGGCCCUCAUCCAGAACCUGGACAACGUGGUAGAAGACUUCAUGCUGGUGGAUCCCAAGCACCACCGUCAUUUCGUUAUCCGAAGAGGCCAGGUCUUACGGGAGAUUGCUGAAGAGUAUGGUGGGGUGAUGGUUAGCUUCCCGCGGUCCGGCACACAGAGCGACAAAGUCACCCUCAAGGGUGCCAAGGACUGUGUGGAGGCCGCCAAGAAGCGCAUCCAGGAGAUCAUCGAGGACCUGGAAGCCCAGGUGACCAUAGAAUGCGCCAUACCCCAGAAAUUCCAUCGAUCUGUCAUGGGCCCCAAAGGCUCCAGAAUCCAGCAGAUUACUCGGGACUAUAAUGUUCAGAUUAAGUUCCCGGACAGAGAGGAGAACCCAGUUCACAGCGCACAGCCAGCGGUCCAGGAGAAUGGCGACGAUGCCGGGGAGGGGAGAGAGGGCGACCCUGGCUCUCCAAAGAGGUGUGACAUCAUCAUCAUCUCUGGUCGGAAGGAAAAGUGUGAAGCCGCCAAGGAAGCCCUCGAGGCGCUGGUCCCUGUCACCAUUGAGGUGGAUGUGCCCUUUGACCUUCACCGGUACAUCAUCGGGCAGAAGGGGAGCGGGAUCCGCAGGAUGAUGGAUGAGUUUGAGGUGAAUAUCCACGUCCCAGCCCCUGAGCUGCAGUCCGAUGUCAUCGCCAUCACAGGCCUCGCUUCAAACUUGGACCGGGCCAAGGCCGGGCUGCUGGAGCGCGUGAGGGAGCUGCAGGCGGAGCAGGAGGACCGGGCUUUAAGGAGUUUUAAGCUGAGCGUCACCGUUGACCCCAAAUAUCAUCCCAAAAUUAUUGGGAGAAAGGGGGCAGUGAUUACCCAGAUCCGAUUGGAGCAUGAUGUCAACAUCCAGUUCCCUGAUAAGGACGAUGGGAACCAGCCCCAGGACCAAAUCACCAUCACAGGGUACGAAAAGAACACAGAAGCUGCCCGGGACGCCAUAUUGAAAAUUGUGGGUGAACUUGAGCAGAUGGUUUCUGAGGAUGUCCCGCUAGACCACCGUGUCCACGCCCGUAUCAUUGGCGCCCGUGGCAAAGCCAUUCGCAAAAUCAUGGAUGAAUUCAAGGUAGACAUUCGCUUCCCGCAGAGCGGGGCCCCAGACCCCAACUGCGUCACCGUGACAGGGCUCCCAGAGAACGUGGAGGAAGCCAUCGACCACAUCCUGAACCUGGAGGAGGAAUACCUGGCCGACGUCGUGGACAGUGAGGUGCUGCAGGUGUACAUGAAGCCGCCUGCCCAUGAGGAGUCCAGGGCACCGUCUAAGGGCUUCGUGGUGCGGGACGCUCCCUGGACUGCCAGCAGCAACGAGAAGGCUCCUGAUAUGAGCAGCUCUGAGGAAUUUCCCAGCUUUGGGGCUCAGGUGGCCCCGAAGACCCUCCCUUGGGGCCCUAAACGAUAAUGAUCAAAAAACAGAAACCUCUCCAGCCUGCUGACCCAAACCCCGCCACAAAAUGGUUUGUCUCAAUCUGACCCAGCGGCUGGACCUUCCGUAAAUUGUUGACGCUCCCCCUCCCUGAGGUCUCGCAGGGAAGCCAGGCCACCCGGUGCUGUGUGCGGCCAGUUCCCGGGCCUGGCCAGCUCUGGGCGCGAGCUCAGGGCCCGACACCUCUGCUCUGGGACAGCCCUCCACUGCUGUGAACACUAACAGGGGUCAUCGACGUGUCGCCAUCAGCUUCUGGUCCACCCAGCAUGUCAGGAAGGCUCUGGCCUCCGCUCUCAGAGCUCCACGGCUGUGGCUGAGUCUACUUCCUGUGUCAUGACCUCAGGAAAUAAAUUCCUUGACUUUAUAAAAGCCAAAACGUUUGCCCUCUUCCUUUCCCAUCUCCCUUCUCCCCUCUGCCUGUCGUCCAGACCCUCCUUUUGUAGGAUGCUGUCCGCCUCCUUCCAGCUGCCAAAAAGCACACACAGCCCAGACCAUGGGUGGGGAGGGAGACCCAGCGCGCACGCUGGGAGCACCGAGACCCGCAGUGGAUCUGGGGGUUGGGAGAGGCAGAAGGGUGAUGUGGGUUCCAGGUGUGUCUGCCCUGCACCACAGGUGCUGGCGGCCCCAGGUCUGGUGAGCGAGACCUGAAGGUGAGGCUGCAGGUCCGCCAUCGGGGCCUGCGGUGGCCUGGGGAUGGGAGAGGGCUGGCCCGCCCGGGAGAGGUGGGGACUGCCACCCCCCCUCCACGAGGGCCCUGCACCUGCUGCUUUCUCAGGCCCACCCUCCCUAAUGCCUGUUCUUCCUUCCUUCUACCUCAGCCAGUGUGGUCGUGACCUCAUGCUCAGGGUGGUGCCUCCCUCGGCGCCCAGCCUAUUGAUUCUCACGUUUCCAGUGGUCGUGUGUUUGCUGUGCCCUACCUCCCUCCCCCACAGGUGGUCAGUGGGGAGUGCACAUGCCACUCCCCUCAGGCUGUCCUCUUGACGCCUGCUCGGGGGCUGUUCUCCAGAGGCAGGCUGCUUCGUGUUCCUGGGGGUGACAAGAGGCUGUCACUCCUGGACUAGAGAAUGGGUGCUGCUGAGGGCGUCUGCUUUUCUCAGGUGUGGUAGGUAAUCCCGGCCAGCACAGGGCCCCUCCGUGUGUUGCUGGGAGAACCACAGAUGGCCUUUGUUUCUGGGAGGUCUGGUCUCCCCAUCCCCACCUCUGCCCCCAUGGAGGUGACUGAGCCAUCCCAGACAGAUCCUGGAGUUCUUAGAGAAGCCCUUACCCGGGGGUGGUCAGUCUUCCUUUGCCACCCCCCACCCCCUCACCCCAAAGGUUUUUUCAGUGGUUUCAUAACCCAGCUUGGCAAUCUGUAGGCUGAAGUUCCCAAACAGACCAAGAAUUGCUUAACACCGUGUGCCGUCAGUGGCCUCCAGUCCCCAUUAGCCCGAGCAGCCUUUCACGUGCCCCUCUACAGGAAUGACAAGUGGGGACAGGAAAGAACAUUUGCUCCACCAGUAGGCUGAAGGACCUCAAAUCACGUAGCUCGUCAAUGAUUCAGAUCAGGAGCGAGCAGGCACGGCACUGUCGCCUUUCUCCAGGAAAGCCCCGCCCUCUGGGGAGCCUCACAGGCAGCGGCCGGCAUCCCCUUCCCACCUGCAGGAGUCUUGGAGCCUUUCCCGGUGACCACCGAGCUAACCCCCCUCGCCUCUGGUCCCUCUGGUGUCUCCCCUUGGUUCGACCAUGUCCAGCCCCUCCUCCCCCAAUGUAAAUUGUUAAUUCUCACAACCGCUUUUUGCACAUCUGCAUUUGUCGCUAAGUGUCAUCCAUGCAGCUUCCCUUUCCUGAGCUGUUUGGGUUGUUAGCAACGGCUGAGGUGACUGUGCCCAGGGCUCCUUCAGUCCCUGGGACAGCCCUCACCGGGCUGGGGGCGUGUGUGCGUUUCCUCCUGUUGACUGUUCCCUUAACGUGUGUCUAGUUACGACCCAUCCCUUGGCCUUAACUUUGGAAUUUGGAGAGUAUGUGCAAACAUGUAUAAAGGUUCAUGAAUAUGGAUGACACUGGAAUUUUACAAAUUCUAAAAUAAAGCCCAAAACCAGA